ACCCACUCCAGCGUGAAGCGUUUGCUACGAUCGUUACACACUGCAUUGUGCUUUUUAACUCAAAGGUCACUUCAAUUCCUUCCAUCGAAUCGAACUAAUGGUUUCCUCAAAAUCCAAAAGACAAUGGAAAUACGACGUGUUCAUCAAUUUCAGGGGAGAAGAUACUCGAAAGUGCUUCGUUUCUCAUCUCUAUGCAGCCCUUGCCAAUGCUGGCGUCAACACUUUCCUUGACGACGAGGAACUUCGAAAGGGAACAAAUCUUGGAGCAGGACUAAGGCAAGCAAUAGAAGGGUCUCAGAUAGCUUUGGUUGUUUUCUCCAAAAACUACGCUUCAUCUGGUUGGUGUCUUAUCGAGCUCGACAAAAUCAUUCAAUGCCGCAGAAGUUUUGGGCAAGUUGUUGUACCCAUAUUUUACGAUGUUGAGCCUUCCGAUGUACGGAAUGUAAAGGGUGCUUUUGGGGAAGCUUUGGAAACACUUGCACGAAAACGGGGCAAGGAUAGGGAAAGCUUUAAGGAAUUGCCCCAGUGGAAGAGGGCACUCAAUAAGGCUGCACAUUUGUCUGGUUGGGAUGUGAAGAGUUUCAGCAAUGAAGCUACAGCAGUGAACAAAAUUGUCAAUGGUGUUUUGACAAAACUAGAUGAAACAUUUUUGUCCAUUACCCAAUUUCCUGUUGGUCUUGAAUCUCGUGUAGAAGAAGUGAUUGGGUUUAUUCAAAAUCAAUCAAGCGAGGUUUGUACAGUGGGGAUCUGGGGAAUGGGAGGAUUGGGUAAAACAACAGUAGCCAAAGCCAUCUUCAAUCAAAUUUAUCGCAAUUUUGAGCAUAGAAGUUUCAUUGAAGAUAUUAGAGAAGUUUGUGAGAAAGAUAGUAGAGGGCUUAUUCGUUUACAAGAACAACUUUAUUCAAAUGUCCUAAAAAUAAAGGCCAAGAAGAUACCCAGCAUUGCGUCAGGGACAAAUUUGAUUGAGAAAAAACUUCGUGGGGAAAGAGCACUCAUUGUACUUGAUGAUAUCAGCAAGUCUCAGCAAAUAGAAGCCCUGUGUGGAAAACGCAAAUGGAUGGGUUUGGGAAGUGUAUUAAUUGUAACAACCAGAGAUGUACGCAUACUUAAUUUACUUGAAGUUGACCAUAUCUAUGAAAUGAAGGAAAUGGAUGAAAAUGAGUCCCUUAUGCUUUUCAGUUGGCAUGCCUUUAGAGAAACAAGUCCACACGAAGACUUCAGUGAAUUGUCAAGAAAUGUAGUUGCAUACUGUGGUGGACUACCACUGGCUCUUGAAGUCCUUGGAUGUCAUUUGUUUAAAAGGAUAGAAGAAGAAUGGAAAAGUGUGUUAUCAAAACUAGAGAAAAUUCCAAAUGAUCAAAUACAAGAGAAACUGAGAAUAAGCUAUGAUGGUUUAGAUGAUAUGGAAAAGAAAAUAUUUCUCGACAUAUGUUGUUUCUUCAUAGGCAAGGACAGAGCCUAUGUUACAGACAUAUUGAAUGGUUGUGAGCUUCAUCCUGGAAUUGGAAUAACAACCUUGAUGGAAAGGAGCCUUAUAAAGGUUGAGAAACAUAACAAACUUGGAAUGCAUGACUUGCUACGUAACAUGGGAAGAGAAAUCAUUCGUCAAAGUUCACCACAGGAACCUGAGAAGCGUAGUCGAUUGUGGGCUCAUGAGGAUGUAUGUGAUGUAUUGGCAGAACAUACUGGUACCAAAGCUAUUGAGGGCUUGGCUUUGAAGUCACAAACAACUAGUAGACUUUGCUUCAAUACCCAAGCAUUUGAGAAUAUGAAGAAACUAAGACUUUUGCAACUUGAUCAUAUACAACUUGUUGGAGAUUAUGGGUCUUUUCCCAAACAAUUGAGAUUGGUCUAUUGGCAAAGAUUUCCUUUAGAACAUAUACCUAAUGACUUUUACCAGAGAAAUGUAGUUGCUAUGGAUCUAAAAUACAGCAACGUUAAACUAGUAUGGAAGGAGCCUCAGUUGCUGGAUAAGUUAAAAAUCCUCAAUCUUAGUCAUUCGAAGUAUUUGACACACACUCCUGAAUUUUCAAAUCUACCAAAUCUUGUGAAGCUGAUUCUCAAAGAUUGUUCUAGCUUGUCCAAGGUACAUGAAUCCAUUGGAGAUCUAAGUAAUCUUGUUUUGAUAAAUUUCAAGAAUUGUACAAGCCUUAGCAAUCUCCCAAGGAGGAUCUACAAGUUAAAAUCUGUGAAAACUCUCAUCCUUUCUGGUUGUUCAAAAAUUGACAAAUUGGAAGAAGAAAUAGUGCAGAUGGAAUCCUUGACAACACUAAUGGCAAAAGAUACAGCCAUAAAAGAAGUGCCCCAUUCAAUUGUAGGAUCAAAAAGCAUUGGAUAUGUGUCCCUUUGUGGAUAUGAAGGAUUAUCACGUGAUGUAUUUCCUUCGCUCAUUUGGUCUUGGAUGUCACCAACAAUGAAUUCCCUUGGUCAUAUUCACCCAUUUUCAGGCAUGUCAUCAUAUAUAACUUCCUUAGAUUUGCAGAAUAAUAAUUUGUGUGCUCUAGCCCUGUUGCUCAAAAGAUUUUCCAAUCUUCGAUGUGUUUGGGUGCAAUGUGGCUCUGAGGUUGAACUAACUCAAGAAUUAAGAACAAUUCUUGAUAUCCUAUAUGAUGUAAAUUUUACUAAAUUAGAAACAGCAACACAUGCAUCACAAGUCUCUGAUCUUUCAUUGAAAUCACUUUUGAUUGGAAUGGGAAGCUACGACAAAUUCAUCAAUUAUUUUACCAAGAGUAUAUCACAGGAAUUAACUAUCAAUAGGUUUGCUGAUCAUAUUCUCCCGGGCGACAAUUAUCCAUAUUGGUUAACCCAUACAGGUGAAGGACAUUCAGUGUAUUUCAAAGUACCUAAUGUUGGUGAUUGUGACCUGAAGGGAAUGACUCUGUGUAUUAUUUAUUCGUCUACGCUAAAAUAUGUGAUAGCUGAAUUUCGAACAAGUGUCUUGAUAAUUAAUUACACGAAGUGCACCAUCCAUAUAUGCAAGCAAGACCCAACAAUUUCCUUUAAUGACGAAGACUGGAAAGUCAUAGCACGAAAUCUAGCUCCUGGUAACAAAGUAGAAAUUAUUGUAGAUGCUGAACCUGGAUUCAUGAUCAAGAAGAUAGCGGUCUAUCUAUUGUAUGGUGAAUCAAUUGAUGUGAGAAGUCAUCCUUCCCCAAAGCUAAAGAAGAUGCGUUUGUAAGACUUGUAAAGAAAAUGAGAAUGUGUAGGAUUGAAUCUCAAUAGAUGUUUCCACCAUUUGGGUCAGGCAUCCCACAUCAGAUAAUAUAGGAUUGCCUUGCUGAAUUUUACCAUUCUCCAUGGAUGGCCAUUUGGAAACAACCAGGACGUAUAAAGGAUUAGCGUCAACCCUUUUGAUUUCCUACUCAUGUUUGGCAAGAGCGUUCAGUCGACUUCGAGACUGGGCUCCCAUAAUCAUAUGGUAGACAUUCUAUUCUGGUAGUUUUGGUUAGACUAAUAAAAUCGCCCCAUUUCAUUCCUUUGAGCCAUCACUAUUCAGCUAAGGACGUCGUAGUUAGGAACUAAUUUGAAGUUUCUUUUCAGUAUAUUAUCCACAAACUGAUGACCUAGCAGAGGUCAUUAAUCACACGAUCAAUAUU